AUGAGAGUGAAAAAUGUAAUUCGUGAAGAAAUUGGAGUUGUCAAGUAUUGCAUAAUUGUUGAUGAAUCUCAAGAUGAAUCAAAAAGAGAGCAAAUGUCUUUAGUAUUGAGAUUUGUUGAUACUAAUGGAUUCAUUCAAGAAUGUUUUUUUGGGCUUGUUCAUGUAUCUGAUACUGUGGCUUUGACUUUAAAGAAUGUCAUAUAUUCUACUUUGGCUCACUAUAAUUUGGAUGUUCAAAAUAUUAGAGGUCAAGGUUAUAAUGGUGCUAGUAAUAUGAGGGGUGAAUUUAAUGGAUUGCAAGCUUUGAUUAUAAAAGAAUGUAGAGGUGCUUAUUAUGUUUAUUGUUUUGCUCAUCGGUUGCAAUUGGCUUUAGUUGUAGCAUCAAAAAAUGUGACGCCUAUUCAUCAAUUUUUUGAUAGAUUAACUUUUAUAGUUAAUAUUGUUGGUUCUUCAUGUAAGCGUAAUGAUGAAUUGAAGAAUGUUCAUGCAGAUGACAUUGCACAUUUGAUUGCAAUUAAUGAACUCGAGACAGGGCAUGGACUUAAUCAAAUAGAUGCAACAUCUGUUUAUGAUGAAAUGACUUCUUUUGAUUUUGUAUUCAUCUUGCAUCUUAUGAAUGAGAUUAUGGGGAUCACAAAUAUUCUUUGUCAGGCUUUACAAAGUAAGUCUCAGGAUAUUAUAAAUGUAAUGGAGCUGGUAUUAUCUACCAAGAAUUUACUUCAACAUAUGAGGGAUAACAAAUGGAAUGAUUUGCUUACAAAAGUGAAAUCUUUUUGUGAACUUCGAAAUAUUGAUAUUCCUGAUUUCAAUGCUCCGUAUAUUGAUAGACGAGGACGAACUCGUGUUCAUCAAGACAAUUUCACCAUUGAGCAUCAUUAUCAGGUAGACCUCUUUUAUGCUUCUAUAGAUUCACAGUUGCAAAAAAUUAAUGGGUGCUUUAGUGAUGAUGCUAUGGAAUUGCUCAUUCUUAGUAAUGCCUUAAAUCCUCAAAAUGCGAUGGAGUCUUUCAAAAUUGAGGAUAUUUGUAAAUUAGUUGAAAAGUUUUAUGCCCAAGAUUUUACAAGAGGUGAAAAAGAGCAAUUGAAGAUACAAUUGAAGCAUUACGAGUAUAAUGUAGUUAAAAGACCCGACUAUAAAAAUCUUUCAACCAUUUCAGAAUUAUGUCAAUGGUUGGUGAAGACUAACAAAUCUGUUACAUACAACCUUAUUUUUAGAGUGAUCAUACUUAUGCUUACUCUUCCGAUUUCCACUGCUACUACAGAACGAUCAUUUUCUGCGAUGAAUAUUGUGAAAACAAGGUUUCGGAGCAAAAUGGAAGAUACUUUUCUCUCGGAUGCAUUAGUGGUAUAUAUUGAGAGAGAAAUUGCUAGAAAGCUAGAGUCAUUAUUGACAUGGAAAGUGGAAGGUCUAGACUCUAGAGGGUUUGGUUUUAUGACUUUUGCAUUCAGUGAAGAAGCUUCAGUUGCUAUAUGUGGCAUGGAUGGGAAGUUACUUCAAUUAGAAUGGGGUCCUGAAGAAUCUGAAGAGGAUCCAAGUCCCGUAGAAUCUGAGGACGAUCUGGAAAUGGACCUCGAAGAAUUUGAUGAGGAUACAGAAAUAAAUCUUGAAGAUUUUGAGGAGGAUCCAAGUCCCGCAGAAUCUAAGGGCGAUUCAGAAAUGGAUCUCGAAGAAUUUGAUGAGGAUCUAGAAAGAAUCAUGAAGAUUUUGAGGAGGAUCCAAAGAUGGAUCCUGAGGAGGAUCUAG